CCACUUAAAAAAUUGAUAAGCAGGAGAAGAAAAGAAGAAGCAGAAGAGAGAGAAAACCAAGAGGACUUCAUGAGAUUCCUUCGUUACCCAGAGGUUGACUGCAGACUGAAAGGAAGUUUUGCGGAAACUUGGAUUCUCAUCAGGACGAAAGGCGACACAGAAAGAAGAGCGCACUCCGCUCCUCUUCUUCCACUCUGUUGGAUUCAUACUCUCCGCCAGAAGAAGUUGAUCAUUGAUUGCCACUUUGCUCUGAGGGCGCUGCUGCAGCUGCUGGUGUUGCUGGUGCUGGUGCUGCUGAUUUUGUCCUGGAAACCCCUGUCCUGCUCUGGCCCCUGCUCAGCCUGCUGUGUCCCGGGUCACUGUCAGGAUGGCGGGGUGUGCCAAACGCUGCAAACAGGGGCUUGUCAAGUUUGCCCUGUCCCUGCACAAACUGGUCACUGGGACUCUCAUUAAAGAUAAAGCUGAUGAUGACUUGGAGAUGACCAUGGUGUGCCAUCGACCAGAGGGCCUGGACCAGCUAGAGGCUCAAACCAACUUCAGCAAAAGAGAGCUCCAAGUGCUCUACAGGGGCUUCAAGAAUGAGUGUCCAAGUGGCAUUGUAAAUGAGGAAACCUUCAAGCAAAUAUACUCCCAGUUCUUCCCACAUGGAGAUGCCAGCACCUACGCACACUACCUGUUCAACGCGUUUGACGCAGCACACACCGGCUCCAUAAAGUUCGAGGACUUUGUAACAGCUCUGUCCAUCCUGCUGAGGGGCACUGUCACUGAGAAGCUCCAGUGGACAUUUAACCUCUAUGAUAUCAACAGAGAUGGAUACAUCAACAAAGAGGAGAUGACAGACAUUGUCAGAGCGAUAUACGACAUGAUGGGGAAAUACACUUACCCUGUCUUGAAAACUGACGCACCCAGACAGCAUGUGGAUGCCUUCUUUCAGAAAAUGGACAAAAACAGAGACGGCGUGGUCACUCUUGAUGAAUUCAUCCUUUCUUGUCAAGAGGAUGAAAACAUCAUGCGGUCUCUGCAGCUCUUUGAAAACGUCAUCUAGACAACAAAGAAGAGGGAGACGGCGCUAUAGACGAAAGCAUGGAGAUCGAGAAAAGAGAAGAAAGAAGGGAGGGAGAAGGAGAGAUGAACAUGAACAAGAAAAGGAACCGCAUAGCUCGCAAUUGAAACGAAACAAAGAGCUUGUUGCUUUGUGUGUGACGGUUGCCGCAAAACUUCAUGGGAGGUGUCUUGCUGUAACAAAUCCAUGGCGACAAACCAUCACUGGUUUUUGGAAAAUGUCCUUCAGAAUAAAACACGUCAAUUGACCUUUCUGUGACCAUU